AUGAGGAAAGACAGGGAUCGCUUUAAUUAUCACGUGUUCGACUUUCCUGGUCUAGAGGAUCAAUUCAAUGAAUUUAUUGCUCUUUACACCCUUUUUAAUGCUCAACUUUCACUCAAACUCACUAAGGAUAGUGCCCAGGUAUCGCUCUGUAGCUGGUUUAUGGCUGGCGAAGGUGUUGAAUGGGUUCGUGAUGCUGCUCAAAUCGGUGACAUCGACGAAAGCAGCACAGUUCCACAAUUUAACGAAUUUCUCAGUGCUGUUGUAAAAGCAUCACUAAAACUUCUGUCUCCAAAGUCACCUCAAGCGCUGUUGGCGAGGAGUUUGGCAACCUAUGAUAAGUAUCACGCUCUCAUGCAAUUGUGCAAUACAUAUGAGAAGUGCAAGCUAGAGGAACUGCGUCCAAUGGUGACAUUUUACAAAGCCAUAGCCUACUCUGGACUAGGUAAACCGUUGAAGGCAAUGGCCGCUUUUAAUGCAGCCGCCCGAGCUGUCACCGACGGGAACGAAGCACUUCUUAUGGCGCUGGCGUCAUUUGAAAAGAAGUCUGAGGAGAUGAAUCUCGGCGACUAUUAUGUCGUCGCGUUACGAUAUCUUAACAAUCAUCGGCACAGCGAAGAAGUUAUUGAGAUGGCGCGAAGUGCCAUAGCGUCGUUGCCACCGGGUCACAAAUGCACAUCUACCAUUUACGCAACCCUCUUCAAUCAUCUGAUCAACCAAGGAAACUGGUCUGACGCGUUGUUGAGCAUCAUACAGAAUACGGAUUUCUUGACUACUGCCACUGUUCUCUGA